AUGAAUAAAUCAGGUCUAGGUCCAAAAUUACUACUCCAAAUUAAAAUAAAUGUUGGUCAAAGUGAUGAUAUUAUACCAGAGGAGCCGUUUAUGCAAUUUAAUAAACAACAACUCUCUUUAAAUAAAUAAUAGAGGUAUGACACAAAGGGAAGAUAGAUAAUUACAAGUAAAAAUUAUUCAAUCGAAUUUCACAAUUGUGUUACUGUUUGCAUUUAUGAUCCUCAAGAAGAAGUAUUGUAAAUAAAAGAAACCCUUUCUUAAUUAUCGAAUUUUGAUUUGACAAAAGUCAACUUUAAAAACCCUUAAAGUUUCAACAAAUAAUAAUAAUACAAUGCUAUACCUACCAAAUCCAUACUAAAAAAAACUAACUUAGUAAAUGAAAUAAAGUAAAAAUGA